CUGUCAAAGAGUUGUUUUUAAUUAAAGAUUAUUGAAUAUUAUGAGAUAAAUUUGCAAGAACAUUUAGCAAGAUGACUUCUAUGUUUGAUCAGUAUGAACAAGCUUAUCAGAAAUUCAAAAAUGUGGAAAAUUCGAAUAUGCGACCCGAAAUGACUACUUCAGGGUAUCUACAAAUGAAACUGGAGGAGGAUACACCAAUAUUUAGUAAACAGAAACUCAAUUUUAAUCCUUCGGACAGGAUUACUCAUUUAACUGUUGCUAAUGACUAUCUAGUAUUAGUUAUGGCUAAUGGAGUUUUAUUUAGGAUUGACCUGACUUGUCCGGAUAGAAACGAAGAAAUAACUUUGUCGAAAUAUAUUACGAUUUCACGAUUAAAACACCUUUUUAUGGACCCUAUUGGACAGCAUGUAUUACUUUCGUGUUCCAACAAAGACGGUACACCUGAAUUACUUUAUUUACCUCGUAAAAGCUCAAAAAUUCGUCCAACCACAAAAUUUCGCAAUCAUGAAAUCACAGCUGUAGGAUGGAAUUUUGCAAAUGAUUCAGAAAAUACAACAGGGCCUAUUUUAUUAGGUACAUCUAAAGGAUUGAUUUUUGAAACGGAAAUUGGAUUAGAUGGUGAUAAAAUUUUCCAAUCGAGUAUUGAACAAUAUUGGCGACAGCUUCCAAAUUAUUUGCCUUUGUAUGGUAACAGGGAUGAAGAUGGAUUGGUUUUCGAUAUUGGUAAAGGCACCAGCAUUCUAAUAACUGGUUUAGAAUUUCAUCGUGUUCCUAAUACAGAUCGUUAUUUCAUUCUUGUCACCACACCAGAUCGUUUUUAUCAAUUUAUUGGCAAUGCAAAUUCUGAUGAAAAACCUUUACUUCAACAAAUAUUCAAUUCUUACUUAAAUGUUGUUGAAAAAUAUCAAUUAAUCAAAAGUAAAUUAAAUUAUUCAAAGUUAACAUUUUUCUAUGGUCAACCAAAGGGAUUGCCAAAAAAAUUUGCUUGGCUUACAGAACCUGGAAUUUAUUAUGGAGAGCUUGAUCCAUAUGGCCGAGAUAAUAUCAAUUUAGUUAUCAACAUCAGUGAUAUAAUCGAAUAUCCAGGUCACGAAGAUCAAUCGACCACAUCUUACAAGCAAACCAAUGUUCCAUCAAAUUUUGUCAUAACUGAAUUUAAUGCACUUUUAUUGUACAAUGAUACCAUUAAAAUAGUUUCAUUAUUAAAUAAUGAAUUAAUUUCUGAUGAUAAUUAUCCUGGAAAAAUAGUCAAUAUAGCAAAAGAUCCAAUACGUGGUACAAUAUGGGUCUUCACAGAAAAUUCAAUUUAUCGUUAUAAAAUAUGUAAAGAAGAACGUAAUGUCUGGCAAAUUUAUUGUAAUCAAAAUAAAUUCGAUUUAGCGAAAAAAUAUUGCCAAGAUAAUCCAGCACAUUAUGAUCGUAUAUUAAUCAAAGAGGCUGAAGUAUUAUUUGAUCAAGGUGAAUACUUUAAAAGUGCCACAACUUAUGCUGAAACGCAAUCAAGUUUCGAAGAAAUAUGUUUAAAAUUUUUAAAAAUCAAUAAUUUUGAUUCGUUAAAAAUUUAUUUACGACGGAAAUUAGAUAAAUUGAAAUUACAAGAUAAAACACAAAUUACAUUAAUUGUUUUAUGGAUGAUAGAAAUUUAUUUGAAACAAUUAGGACAAUUACAAAAUAAAGGUGAAAAUGAAUCGGAAACUUUUGAUAAAAUUCAAAAAGAAUUUGAAGAAUUUUUAUCAACUAAAGUUGUUGUUGAUUGUAUCAAAAAUAAUAAACAAACUGUUUAUGAAUUAAUGUCUAGCCAUGGGGACCAACAGAAUCUCAUUAAAUUAACAAUUGCUAAUAAGGAUUUCGAACAGGUGAUUCGGCAACAUUUAUAUAAAAACAAUUACAAUGAAGCACUAGAAAUUUUAAAAAGUCAAAAUAAACGUGAUUUAUAUUAUCAAUUUGUUCCAAUAUUAUUACAAGAAAUUCCAAAGAAAACUGUGUCUGUUUUAAUACAACAAGGCAAAAAUUUAUCACCAAUAAAACUGUUACCAGCAUUAGUUGGAUGUGAUUACGAUGAUGUACACAUUAAUGAAAUUAUACAAUAUUUGGAGAAUUGUGUAUUUUCAAUGGGUACAAAAGAACGUUCCAUUCAUAAUUAUUUAUUAUCGUUAUAUGCCAAGUAUCGACCCGAAGAGAAAUUUAAAAAUUAUUUGGCAACUCAAGGUCAAGAUGUUAGUAUGGUGUUUUAUGAUGUUUAUUAUGCAUUACGACUGUGCGAAGAGAAAGGUUUAACUGAAUCAUGUGUACAAUUAUCAGCUAUGUUAGGAUUAUGGGAAUCAGCUGUUGAUUUAGCUUUGAAAAUUAAUUUAGAUUUAGCUAAGCAAGUUGCAAAUAUGCCUGAUAAUAAUGAUGAAUUGAAAAAGAAAUUAUGGUUGAAAAUUGCCCGUCAUGUUGUUAGUUGUAAAAAUGACAUAAAAGGUGCUAUGGAAUUUUUACAACAAUGUGAUUUAAUUAAAAUUGAAGAUGUGUUACCAUUCUUUUCGGAUUUCGAAACGAUUGAUCAUUUCAAAGAUGCAAUUUGUACUUCAUUGCAGGAAUAUAAUCAACACAUCCAAGAUUUGAAAGAAGAAAUGGAAGAGGCAACAAAAGCAGCUGAAGUUAUUCGAGAAGAAAUUCAACAAUUUCGUAAUAAAUGUUCAAUAAUUCGCGCUGACGAUACUUGUGCAAUAUGUAAUUUAACACUAAUGGUUCGACCAUUUUAUUAUUUCCCAUGUACUCAUAAAUUUCAUUCGGAUUGUUUGGUAGCUGAAAUUACGCCUUUGUUAGGACCAGCAAAGCAAAAUAAAUUAUCUGAAUUAAAUCGACAAUUAUCAAAAUUAAGUUAUAAAGCAGAUAAUAUUAGUACAGGAUCAGCCAGUUUAUCAGCACGUGAUCAAGUAAAAGCUGAUAUAGAUAAUAUAAUUGCAUCUGAAUGUGUUUACUGUGGUUCUUACAUGAUUGAUGAAAUAGAUAAGCCAUUUGUUGAUGAUAAAGAUUUUGAAUUAGUUCUUAAAGACUGGCUAUAA